AUGCAUCUUCAAGCUACCACUGAUAGUACGCAUUUCGUUUUUCCUGAAUCCGUCAAAGUCACACAGAAUACUGCGAGUUCUAGCGAUGUCUCCAUUGAAGACAUUUGGUCUCAGAAUUCCCAAGUCCCUGAGGCUGUGGAAGCUUGUGUUCACGCAUUCAUCAAACGAGCAGUUUGGGAGUCUCCUGACAGCCAGGCUGUCUGUUCGUGCGAUGGAGACCUGACAUAUAAGCAACUGGAUGAACUUUCAAGCAUAUUGGCGCAUCAUUUGAUGGAUCUUGGGAUCCGAGUGGGAGAUAAUGUUCUCUUAUCAUUUGAAAAGUCACCAAUUGCAAUUGUUGCCGUUGUAGCAGUCAUGAAGGCGGGUGGAAUAUCCAUAACUUUCGACAGCCCUGAUUCCAGAACGCAUAACUCAAAUACGCCAACUGCAAUAUCUGGCUCACUGUACCUUACAUCGGCGGGGAAUUUCCUGGCGGUCAAAGACGCAGGACACGAAAAUGUAUUGAUUCUGGAUAAUCAAACAUUGUUGGACCUGUCACAGAACCCCAAGUCCUCUACGUUACCCAAAGUAAGCCCAUCAGAUGGACUUUUCGCGACUGUUGAGUAUUCAUCGGAUGGAGUAGAAAGAUUGGCUCUCAUCACCCACAGCCAGUUCAGCAGCGCUAUUGUGUAUCAACAGAAGGCACUUGGGUUCUCCAAAGACACUCGCACCAUCGACUACGUCCCGUAUGCCUCUCCAGUAGCCUGGUGCUACCUAUUACACACGCUAUCUUGUGGUGGGUGUCUGUGUAUGCCAUCACCUCAUCGAGAUUCUGGCAUCCUUCUACCAAGCUCUGCUCCUGGGAAUGCCAAUUGUGCAUUCGUUACUCCAGACUGGGCCCAAGACUUAAACUAUGAGGAUAUCUCAACUCUUGUCCAAGUUAACUGGUCAGAGGAUGAGACAAGUCUUUCAGAAUUUACCCCCAGAGAGACACAACUUACCGUGUUCAGCGCAUACGGAUGUGCGAAGUUGGCUUCUAUUGUUCCCAUCGGCAAGUCAACUAUUUCCUAUACCGCUGGUGAUCAGAUAGGCCCUGGUGAUUCUGGAAUCUUUGAUGCAGAAUGGAAGGUCGAUGCUAUCAAAGCCUCGAUGCAUGAUUUGGCGUCAGAUGGCUUCAAAGGCAACAAUACAAUUUUGUCUGAGCCAUUGAGUGGCGUCUGUCUGUGGAUAAUCGACAUGAACGAUCCAACAUCACUGGCACCCAUUGGCUCGGUUGGCGAAUUAUGGAUUGAAGGGCCGUUGAUAAGCCCGCAAUGUGUGGGUGAAGAGACAUUGUUUGUGGAAAACCCUGCUUGGCUGGUAGAGGGCAGCCUCAACCACCCAGGUCGCUCUGGUUGCUUAUACCGAACUGGCGCCUUGGUUAAGUACCGACGAGACGGGAGCAUCCAACUUUUGGACAAGAGUCUAGAAAGUAAAACGUGUAGUGUUAGCCUUGAUUCUAGCGUCGAUGGGUCGGAGCUGGGUCUAUCGGACUAUGAAAGACUUGCCAACAGCGCAAGCCCCAAUCUCAAUGACCAUGACGCCCCUCGAGAUGAGGUUGAGAUGGCAAUGCAGAAAAUAUGGGCUGACGUCCUCGGUAUUGACUCGGGCCUGAUUGGUAGAGAAAGCCAUUUUUUCAACAUCGGAGGUGAUACAAUUCAGGCUACUCUUAUGUCUCAUAUGGCUCGAUCUGCGGAAUUCUAUAUUUCCACAAGAGAUGUCUUCAAGUAUCCAUUUCUCAAGGACAUAUCAGAGUUACACAACCGCCGUUGCAUUACUGCCGGUACGGAUGAAAGCUCAACUAAGCCGUGUUCUCUUGCCACUCAAGAGACACGAUUCCAAGUCUCUCAGCUUUGGAAUAUUGAGGAGACAAAGAUAAUGGAUAUCCUUCCCUGCACAGCUCUACAGGAGGGACUGUUGGCGCUGACUGUAAAGCAUCCCGGAGAUUACGUUGCAAAGAAUGUCUUCAAAGUCGGCAGCGGUGUGGAUAUCACCAAGCUCAAAGAGGCUUGGAAUCUCGUUGUCAUGAUGAACCCUAUUCUGCGCACAAGAAUGGUCAGUCUGCCUGAGCAUGGCAUUGUGCAGGUAGUUCUAGCCGAAGAACCGAUCUGGGUUAAUAGCACUUCAGAAAAUGAUGUGGUCAUGGGCUUAGGAACACCGUUGAUGAGCCUAUGUAUUCAUCAGGAGAACCAAGAAGCGGACAUCAUACUUUCAUGGCAAAUUCACCAUGCCCUGUAUGAUGGUUGGUCAAUUGGUCUUCUGCUCAAAGAUGUCGAGGAUGUCUACUUCGGCAACGUGAUCCAAGAACUGGAAUCAAUGGACAAGUUUCUGAGCUACAUAACCACCACUGACAAAAACGCCGAGAAAUACUUCUGGAGGGGGCAAUUUGCGGGAACUCAGGGCAUUCACUUCCCAACACCAAAGGUUGCAGAGACUCCAAGCCCUGAUCGACGGCUCGAAAUCUCAGUAGACGACCUAGACUGGCUCAACGGUGACUUCACCAUGUCUACAAUACUACGGGCGGCAUGGUCGAUUGCAGUUGGCUACAACGCGAACUCAACCGAGGCUAUCUUUGGUGUUACCGUCACUGGAAGGCAGGCUCCAGUCUCUGGGAUUGAAAGGAUGGCAGGUCCCACGAUUGCUACUGUUCCACUACGUAUUGGAAUAGACUGGGAACAAGACGUGGAGUCGUUCUUGCGAUCUAUUCAGCGUCAGUCAACCGACAUGAUUCCGUUCGAGCAAACUGGUCUGCAGCGCAUUCGACGAUUGAGUGAAGAAGCCAAUGCUGCCUGUGACUUCCAAACACUUCUCGUUGUGCAACCAGCCGUCGAUGGAACUGUCUCUGAAUCAGAGGAACACUUUUUAACAGAGCUUCAUGGCGAGGACAAAACGAAUAAGUGGCAGGACUUCAGCACCUACGCCCUUGUCAUUGAAUGUCAACUGGAAACUAAGGGUGUUCACUUGCGGUUGGGCUUUGACUCGAGUAUGACAUCCGAGCCUAAGAUGACGCAUAUCGCCCAAAAUAUGGCUACAGUUAUUCGCCAACUGGGGAAUGAACGGAGAAGUACGCAGUCUCUACGAAACCUAGUAGCAAAUACCUUGACUCCAUAUGGCUUGGAUCAAAUAUGGAGCUGGAACAAAACUGCACCAGAGUCGGCUGAUCUGUGUGUCCACGACAUGAUCGCACAGAGAGUUCAAGAGAAUCCCGAUGCUCCAGCCAUCAAUGCCUGGGAUGGAGAGUUGACUUACGGCCAGCUGAAUAGCAUGUCUGACAACUUAGCUCGCCUGCUGGUCAAGUCAAACGUUCGAGGAUGCAUAGUCCCAUUAUACUUUGAAAAGUCCAUGUUCAUGCCGGUAGCCGCACUUGCUGUGAUGAAAGCCGGCGCUGCAGUUGUCGCAUUGGAUAUGAAGUUGCCAGAAGACAGAAUAGGUUCAUUGACAUCGCAAAUUACGUCACCAGUAGCUCUAACAUCUACUGAAAACUUUGAACUGGCAAAGAGGGUUUCAGAUGUUUCGCAUAUCAUACUUGUUGGUCAUGGACAAGACAGUCUAGAUGUCAAACAUUUGAAUAUUGACCUCCCUCGAGUCCAACCAUCAGAUACGCUAUACGCAGUCUUUACCUCUGGUAGUACCGGAACACCUAAAGGGGCGAUGGUGUCACACGCAAAUUUCUGUUCUGCAAUAAAAUACCAACAGGGACCCUUGAUGUUCUCUAACACUUCUAGAGUCUUUGACUUCUCCUCGUACGCUUUUGACGCAUCAUGGUGCAACCUGAUCCAUGCUUUGACAUGUGGAGGCUGUCUAUGCAUACCGUCAGCUUACGAAAGAGAAAAUCAACUUGCAGAAUGUCUCAAGAAGUAUAACAUAACCACCGUGGAUUUCACACCCUCGGUUGCGCGUAUGCUGGGUCCAGACAACCUCUCCGACCUGACCACGCUUAUUCUGGGUGGUGAAGCUGUUGUCCCUGCAGACGCGUUCCUGGCAGGAGACAAGACAGCAAUAAUAAACGUAUAUGGCCCAGCUGAAUGUACACCUACAGUUACGCUGUCGAAAGUCUCCGCUAAUGGCAUUACCAUCGGUUACGGUGCUGGUGUUUGUACUUGGGUUGUGGAUGUAAACGACCCAGAACAGCUGGCACCAUUUGGUGAGGUCGGAGAGCUUUGGGUUGAGGGACCAUUAGUUGGCCAAGGGUACUUAGCUAAUCCCGAGAAAACUCAAGCGGCAUUUAUCCAAGAUCCAGCAUGGCUAAGCAGGGGUGCUCCAGGCCACGCCGGACGAUCCGGCCGCUUGUACAGGACGGGCGAUCUAGUGCGAUAUACCGACUCUGGAGAGCUCCUCUUUGUUGGUCGCAAAGAUACACAGGUUAAAAUAAGAGGCCAACGAGUGGAGUUGGAAGAUAUUGAACAUCAUAUUGCAAACAGCAUGAGCUCCGUUCGGGGUGAUGAUGUGAAAUCGCUGACAAUCAUCGCGGAGACGAUUCGCCCAAAAGAAGCAACAAGCGCAGUGCUGGUGGCAUUCGUCAUGCUAGAAUGCUCCGAGACGGAGAUUUCUGAUGAAUCGUAUAAGAAAAUGGUGCAGAACCUCGCAGCCGUCAGCAACGAGCAACUCAAAGACAGAAUCCCGAUUUACAUGAUACCGACUUCAUACAUCCCAAUCUUCACCAUUCCCAUGACGCCUACAGGCAAAACAGACAGACGACAACUUCGAGAAAUUGCAGAGUCAGCCUGGAAGCAGUAUAAGAAUGUAUCUGAGGAGAAGGAGUCGGAUGGUGUUCUCAGCGAGGUGGAGAAAGUUCUCCAGCAAGUCUGGAUGUCGGUUCUCAACUUGUCCGUUGAUGAAACAUCGGUCAAUAAAGCUUUCACCAGAAUAGGUGGCGAUUCUAUUUCAGCAAUGCAGAUUGUAGCGCAAUGUAGACAACGUAAUAUUGCCAUUACCGUUGCGGAUGUUCUACAGUCAGGGACUAUUCGAAAACUGGCGACUCGGUGUAAGCCAAUAUCACGACUUGCGACGCUGGAUGAAGAUGAUGAAGUCGAUGAAGAGGCUGCUGAGCCUUUUGAUCUUUCGCCUAUUCAGCAACUGUUUUUCGAUGCCUAUCCAGAGGGUCUAAAUCAUUUCAAUCAAAGCUUCGUACUGGAGCUUGGAUCAUUUGUUCCCACAGAGAAGCUUUUGGCAGCGAUGCAGGACCUUGUCGAUCGACAUGCCAUUCUUCGAAAUCGCUUCCACCGUCCAACCGAAGGCAGCAAGGUGUGGAAACAAAGUAUUGCCCCCAAAGGUCUCACGUCAUUUGUAUUUGCGGAGCAUAAUGUUCCGAGUCGUGACGAAGCGACUCUUGCAUCGCAGUGGCGACAAGAAAAUCUUGACAUUGAGAAUGGGCCAGUCUUUGCCUGUGACCUCUUCAACAUUGAAGGCGAUGUCCAACUUGUUACAUUAUCUGCACAUCACCUUGUCGUGGAUCUGGUCUCUUGGAGAAUCAUCUGGGGCGAUAUUGAAGAUCAUGUCAAACACGGCAAAUUGGUCUCAGCACCAUCAACGUCAUGGAAGUCAUGGCUAAGACGUCAAAUGAAAGCCAAUCGUCAUGCCUCUCCCCUAGAUGUGCUUCCGUACAGUGUCCCACUUCCAGACUUGGACUUCUGGGGGCUUUCUUUGAGUGAAAACACCUUUAGCAACUGUACACUAUUCACCGAGGCACUUGAACCGCCCGUCACAAAUGCCGUCUUCGGAGAUGCAAAUGAGUGCUUGAGAACAGAGCCUAUGGAUAUUCUAAUAGGAGCAAUGGCUCACUCGUUCCACCAGAUAUUUCCCGAGAGAUCCGUACCAGUUAUUUGGAUCGAAGGCCAUGGUCGUGAGCAUUCGGAAGACUUGCCGGUUGACGUCUCAGGAACAGUUGGAUGGUUCACCACCAUGCAUCCAGUUCCCGUCAUGGUCAAGCCUGGUGACUCCGUGAUUGAAGCCAUCAGACUAACAAAGGAUACCAGAAAAAAGGUACCAGGUAAAGGCCAGCCAUAUUUUGCUUGCCGGUACUACAGCGAAUCUGGCCGUGAGGCUGCCAAGGGGCAGGAUGUUACAGAAAUCACAUUCAAUUUCACCGGCAGAUUCCAACAGCUUGAAGCCGAGGAGGGCUUAUUCAAGCGUCCCGAACAUCUCGGAGAAAAUGAACACGAUGUCGUCGAUGUCUCGCAAAAGGCACAUCGAAUGACUAUGAUUGAGAUUAAUGCCGACGUGGAAGAGGAUUGGCUGGUGGUGUCUUUCCAAGUUCACCAACAGAUGAUGCACCAAAGUAGACUGCGAAAAUGGGCUCAACUGUUUAUCAGGUCUGUUCAAAGCGCCGUUGCUGAACUUUCCAUGUCUCCGACAAGUUUUACUCUCAACGAUCUCCCAUUACUUCCGAUGUCGUACGGCGCGUUGGACAGACUGCUCCAUGAUCAUCUUCCCAGCCUUGGAAUACGGCCUGAGAAUGUGGUUGAAAUACUACCUUGCUCGCCACUACAAGAGGGAAUCCUCUUAAGCUCCGAGAAACAAAUAGCUACUUAUGCGACAAGCUCUACCUGGCGUUGCGUGGCUACCGAAGGAGUCGUGUCGAAGAUUGAGCCACGGAAGCUCCAGGCCACUUGGGACACAUUGGUGCAGAGACAUUCCAUCUUGUCUACAGUGUUUGCUCUUCAUCCAGAAGGAGAAGGUUUCAUUCAGAUUGUCCUCCGAGGUAGUAACGCCGAGGCCAAAUUAAUUCAUUCUGGUCGUGAGAUUCCGGACGAGUUUCUCGAUAACCUGGAGCCAUCUACGUUUGCAACUCAUGAGCCUCAACACCGUUUCUUAGUUUGCGAGUCUCAUGAUGGGGCGGUUGCUUGCAGGUUGGACAUCAGCCAUGCUUUAAUUGACGCCGCUUCCAUGUCAGUCAUCUUGCAAGACUUGAUUUCCCUGUAUGACGGCAUACUUCCCCCAGAGGCGCCGCCGUUUGGGGACAUGAUGCGACAUAUCAGCAGCAUUCCUCGCUCAAAGCGCAUAGGACCGUGGGCAGUAAUGCUCGAUGGUGUCCAGCCAUGCGAGUUCCCAGUAGAGCCAAACGCCUCCAAGUCCAUCGACGAGGGCCAUAGUGAUGUAUCUGUACCUCCGUUGGCCUUGUCCGAAGUCAGCAUGCUCUGUAAAGGCUUGGGCAUUACUAGGGCUGUUUUCUUCCAGGUCGCCUGGGCUAUGGUUCUAGCUAAUUUUACAGGAAUGGAUGAGGUUUGCUUUGGCUACUUAGCCUCUGGUCGGGAUGCUCCUCUGGAUGGCAUCGAAGGCAUGGUUGGUCCGCUUGCCAACUUGCUCAUUAGUCGAAUCAAUUUGAGGGACUCUCCUCGACAUAUUCUGCAGUCCGUAUCAGAGAAGUCGAUACAACAUCUGGCCAUGCAGCAUGCCUCAUUGGCAGAAAUCCAACACAAACUGGGAAUAUCAGGCAAAAAACUAUUCAACACGUCUUUGUCGAUCAGAGAAUCGGACAAGUUGAAGAGUCAAGAGAGGAGGAGUCUAUCAUUUGAGUCUAGUGGUGGUCAAGAUCCGCACGAGUUUGACAUAAGUCUAAGUGCCAAUAUUGAUGGCGACAAUGUUGAUCUCGUUGUCGAGUAUCGGGAACCAUUCAUCCAAAAACAUGUUGCCAUCGACGCAUGCAAUGUACUGUCGGCGGCUGUGGCCUAUCUUCUCCAAGCAAAUGACGAAGACAAAUCCACGUCGCUGAGCAGAAACUGCUCCCUAUUUGAUGGCUUUUACAGACUCAUGGUUGGAACAGAUGAAGCUACAACUACUGCUUUUUGGAAGGAUCAAUUCCGAGGAACAACUGGUGCUCAUUUCCCAACACCAACUGUUGGAGAAGUAGCCCGACAACACAAAGAAGUUGCCCUCUUCCAAAGGAGCAGUUCUCAGCCAGAAGGGGACGCUUCACCAGCCACUUAUCUUAGGGCAGCUUGGGCUAUGAUUUCCGCAAAACUUCUUGAUUCCACAGAAUCGAUAUUUGGCGCUAUUGUUGGCCACGAUGCUCUGGUGCCCAUUCGCAUUACAAUCAACUGGGAUGACACUGUGAAUAAGCUCUUAGAGUCCGUGGAGCAGCAAGGUCGUGACUUGGAGCUUUUCAAAGGAACUGGAAUUCAACGAAUUCGGCGGAUUAGCGCUGAUGCCUCUAUUGCGUGCGACUUCCAAACUAUUCUCUCUGCCAACAAUAACGACUUGCAGCAAGCACAUCUAAGCAAUAUUGCCUUGGCUUUAAACUACAACAAGUCAACAAUUGGCUCGCACGUUAGUAUCAAAUUCGAUUCGAAUGUCAUUUCAGAGAGCGAGGUCACUCGACUGUUUACUCAGUUUGAACAUAUUCAUCAACAGCUGCUGAGCACAGCGUCAAGGGAACUCAAACUGCGGGAUGUAUCAAUGUCUUGCACCAAAGACCUUCAAGACAUUUGGGAUUGGAACAAAACGGUUCCUGACGCCAUACAAGACAAUAUUCCUCGUAUGAUUCACCAAACCGUUCGACAGCAACCCUUAGCCACAGCAGUACAUGCCUGGGAUGGGUCCUUGACAUACCAACAGCUGGAUGACUUGUCGACCACAUUGGCAUAUCAAUUAAGAAAGAACGGUGUUCAAAACGGCGAUAUAAUUCCGUUAUGCUUCGAAAAGUCCAUGUGGAUGCCUGUAGCCGCCCUGGGAGUCAUGAAAGCCGGUGGUGCUUGUGUUGCAACAGAUCCAUCGAACCAGCCCGAGGAGCGUCUGCGAGCGAUGGCUGCGCAGGUCCAUGCAAAGACCAUUCUUUCUUCAGUCGCAUGCAAAGAUAUUGCCGGUAGACUUGGGGCCAAUAAUGUGAUAUCAGUGGACAUUGACCGCAUGUUCGAGUUCGCAUUGUCUCUAGAUUGCGAACCUUGUCUUCCAGAUGUCAAUGCAUCGGACAUUCUAUACAUUAUGUUUACCUCUGGGAGCACGGGCGUGCCCAAAGGCGCCAUGAUCACGCAUGGGAACUUUUGCAGUGCAAUCGUUCAUCAGCGAGACUUGCUUGGCUUUGAGAGAAACUCACGUGUCCUGGACUUUUCAUCGUAUGCCUUCGAUGUUGCAUGGUCUAAUAUGCUGAAUACUUUGACAGCGGGUGGAUGUCUGUGCAUCCCAUCAGCGGAAGAGAGGCAAGAUAGCAUCUCUGGCUGUUUGGAGAAAUACGAUAUUACGGUGUCAGACUUUACGCCAUCUGUUCUUCGUAGCAUUGAGCCUAAAGCAGCUUUGACGAGGUUGUCUACGAUGCUACUUGGCGGUGAAGUUGUACUCCCAAGCGAUGCGCUGUACGUUCGACAAGGAGCACGUGUUGUCAGCGCUUACGGUCCCGCAGAAUGCACACCAACGAGUAUGAUUUUUCAUCUGUCCCAGGACAGUGAUGGUGGUUUAGGCCACGCAUCUGGACUAUGCACAUGGGUUGUUGAUGCGGAUAAUCCGACACAGCUAACACCGGUAGGCGCAGUGGGAGAGCUCUGGCUGGAAGGACCACUUCUAGGAGCAGGUUAUAUCAACAAUCCUGAGAAAUCGAGCGCAGCCUAUAUCGAAGAUCCAGAGUGGCUUGUCCGCGGUAUUCCUGGCCAGCGACCUGGACGCCGUGGUCGGGUUUACCGCACGGGAGAUCUUGUUCAGUACCGAGAAGAUGGGUCGCUUCUGUUUAAAGGCCGAAAGGACACACAAGUAAAGAUCCGCGGACAGCGAGUAGAGCUGGAAGAGGUGGAGCAUUAUGUCCAUGACGCAAUUUCGGCCGUCGAGGCUGAGAGGACAGUCACUGUCGUGGCCGAGACGGUCAAGAUCCAGGGGAAUCAAGGGGUUAUGCUUGUUGCGUUUGUAUCGAUUGGUACAGAGGAAGAGAUCAACGACGAGGUUCAUGAAAAGACGGUACGGAAAGCCACGGCUGGAGUCACGGAGAGACUGGAUGGACUACUGCCACCAUUCAUGAUUCCAAGCAUUUUCAUACCCAUCCGCAAGAUCCCCAUGACAGCAACCGGUAAAACUGAUCGACGUCAACUUCGCAGUUACGGAUCAUCUCUUACGCCAACUGAUAUCGCUGCAAUAAGCCGCACUGACGGCGAACGGAGAGCGCCGACCAACGACUCUGAGAAACUGAUGCAAGGACUUUGGGCUGAGGUGCUGAACAUGGAUCCAUGUACCAUUGGUAUCGAUGACAGUUUCUUCCGUAUUGGUGGCGACUCAAUUGGUGCUAUGAAACUCGUUGGUUUGGCCAGGAAGAGCGGUUUGUCACUUGCCGUGAGAGACGUUUUUAAGCGGCCAAUUAUGAGAGAUUUGUGUGCUGUAUCAUUAAUGUCUUGA